CCCCCUUACGUGCAGUAAUCCACACACAGGCGUUAUUUCAUUUUGUCCAUCAACAUGACAUACUGUGCAUUAAACCAAUGUGGAUCUCCAGCAUUCGCAUGAGGCUUCCGCCCCCUCUGCUAUCUCAUUUUUUUUUUUUUUGAUUGAUUGAUUGAAACAGAUGCCAAUGUUGCCAUAGCUUGCUUUACCGAACUUGGUACGACACCGGUUUAGGCAUGCCUCUGGCUCGCAGCCUGUCCAUCACCUCCCUGUCGGGGUUGGAGGAGUGGGAUGAGGAGUUUGACCUGGAGGACGCUGUCCUCUUCGAGAUCGCAUGGGAGGUGGCUAACAAAGUCGGUGGGAUUUACACAGUGAUCCAGACCAAAGCCCGUCUGACAGCAGAGGAAUGGGGAGAAAACUAUUUCCUGGUUGGUCCGUACGUGGAGAGUAACGUCCGCACCCAGGUGGAGCUGAUCGAGCCCACCAACCCUGCCCUUAAGAGAGCCAUAGACAAGAUGAAUUCCAGUGGAUGUAAGGUGUACUUUGGUCGUUGGCUGAUUGAGGGCAGUCCAUACGUGGUGCUGAUAGAUGUGGCGUUCACGGCCUGGAACCUGGAUAAGUGGAAAAAAGAGUUAUGGGACAACUUCUCCAUCGGGGUGCCCUGGUUCGACCGCGAGGCCAACGACGCCGUCCUCUUUGGCUUCUUGACCGCCUGGUUACUAGGAGAGUAUGCAGCGCAGUGUGAGGAGCCUCCCCAUAUCCUGGCCCAUUUCCAUGAGUGGCUGGCAGGCCUGGGCCUGGCUCUAUGCCGACAGAGACAGUUGCCCGUGGCAACCAUCUUCACCACCCACGCCACCCUGCUGGGACGCUACCUAUGUGCCGGCAGCGUGGACUUCUACAACAACCUUGCCGAUUUCAACGUGGAUAAGGAGGCGGGGGAUAGACAGAUCUACCAUCGGUAUUGUCUGGAGCGGACAGCGGCGCGCUGCGCUCAUGUCUUCACCACCGUCUCUCAGAUCACAGCCGUUGAGGCAGAGCACCUGCUAAAGAGGAAACCAGACAUAAUCACCCCUAACGGGCUGAAUGUGAAGAAGUUCUCUGCCAUGCAUGAGUUCCAGAACCUGCACGCCCAGAGCAAGAACCGUAUCCAGGAGUUCAUCAGAGGUCACUUCUAUGGGCACCUGGACUUCAACCUGGACAAGUGUCUGUUCCUGUUCAUCGCUGGGAGGUACGAGUUCAGCAACAAAGGGGCUGAUAUCUUCUUGGAGGCUUUGGCCAGACUCAACUAUCUACUGAGAGUCAACCACAGCGAUGUGACUGUCGUUGCGUUCUUCAUCAUGCCUGCGCGGACCAACAACUUCAACGUGGAGACGCUGAAAGGCCAAGCAGUCAGGAAGCAGCUUUGGGAUACAGCUCAAACUGUGAAAGAACGCUUCGGAAAGAAACUUUAUGAAUCACUGCUGGUUGGGCAGUUGCCAGACGUGUCCAAGAUGCUGGACAAGGAUGACUUCACCAUGAUGAAGCGUGCCAUCUUUGCCACCCAGAGGCAGUGCCAGCCUCCCAUCUGUACCCACAACAUGCUGGAGGACAGCAACGACCCCAUCCUCACUUGCAUUCGCCGCAUCGGCCUGUUCAACAGCUCUGCCGACCGUGUCAAGGUGAUCUUCCACCCAGAGUUCCUCUCCUCCACCUCUCCCCUCCUGCCGAUGGAUUAUGAAGAGUUUGUAAGAGGCUGCCAUCUUGGAGUGUUCCCCUCUUACUAUGAACCAUGGGGAUAUACACCAGCUGAGUGUACAGUCAUGGGGAUCCCCUCAAUCUCUACCAACCUCUCUGGGUUUGGCUGCUUCAUGGAGGAACACAUAGCUGAUCCCUCAGCAUACGGAAUCUACAUCCUUGAUCGCCGGUACAGAGGGGUUGAUGAGUCAUGUAACCAGCUCACAUCAUACCUGUUCCAGUUCUGCCAGCAGAGCCGGCGCGCCAGGAUCAUCCAGCGGAACCGCACCGAGCGCCUGAGUGACCUUCUGGACUGGAGAUAUCUGGGCAGGUAUUACAUAUCAGCUCGUCACAUGGCCCUGGCUAAAGCCUUCCCGGAUACCUACUUCUACCAACCUCAUGACUCUGAGACUGCCCAAGGUUUCCGUUACCCUAGACCGGCCUCUGUGCCCCCAUCUCCGUCUCUGUCACGCCACUCCUCCCCCCGCCAAAGCGAGGCAGAAGAUGAUGAUGACCGCUAUGAUGAAGAUGCAGAGGCAGAGAAAGACCGCUUGAACAUCCGCCAGCCCUUGACCCUGCCUAGUAAAAAGGGUCCCGCCUUGCCUUACACCCUGCCAGGUGCCAACGGAGAGAAAAACGGCGCCGCCAGCGUGAAAAACUGACUGUCUCACACACACACAAACGUACACAUGCUGAUACUCACUAUACACAACAUACACAAACGUACACAUGCUGAUACUCACUAUACACAACAUACACAAACGUACACAUGCUGAUACUCACUAUACACAACAUACACAAAUGUACACAUGCUGAUACUCACUACACACAACAUACACAUGCUGAUACUCACUACACCCAACAUACAUGUUACAAACACGGCACUCUUAUCUUGACCGUCUCCACUUCCAUAAUAUAGAUCAACAACUGCUGAAGAGAUGAGCUCUUACAGUAUGUUAUUCAUCCAGCAGCCAGAACGUCUUCCAAACCUGCAUGCAGCUCCGCCUCUGUGGGCAUCCUGUACUGACAUGGAGGAGGAGAGGGAAAGGAUGGCUAGCCGGGUGACGUUUUCUUGAGUUAAAGAGCCCAGCUUUGAGAUAACAAAGUGGGUUAACUUGGAGUAUAUAGGAGGAUUACCUCUGGUCAUUCAUCUAGGUUACCUCUGGUCAUUCAUCUAGGUUACCUCUGGUCAUUCAUCUAGGUUACCUCUGGUCAUUCAUCUAGGUUACCUCUGGUCAUUCAUCUAGGUUACCUCUGGUCAUUCAUCUAGGUUACCUCUGGUCAUUCAUCUAGGUUACCUCUGGUCCACAGGAGGCUGCUGAGGGAGGAUCAGCUGGAAGAAUGGCUGAAACCAUGUGUUUGAUGUAUUUGAUACCAUUCCAGGUAUUCUGCUCCAUCCAUUACGAGCCCGUCCUCCCCAAUUAAGGUGCCACCAACCUCCUGUGCUCUGGUCCUUAAUCUAGGAAUUUAUGAAAUCCUUGCCAGUGUAGACUAACAUGAGUUGUAACUGAGGCUAAGACAACCAUAUGAUAACCAGUGGUAACAUCAGGAUAAAGAAACUAGGGCUAAUUAGUCUUGCUAACAAGGGCAAAGGCAUUGGCCCACUAUGUCACACAACCUACCCAACCCAACAGCAGCAAUUUUCCUGUUCAGACACUGAAGCAGUAACAGCAACCUGUUUAAACAGCAGCAGCACUUUUCCUGUCACACUGUAGCAGUAACAGCAACCCAACCAGCAGCAGUACUUCCCUGGGCUAGGAAACCAAUAAGCGACACAUUUAGAGCUGGGCCCAUAGAGUUAGACUAGAUAGAUGUACUGUAUAUAGCCCAUUUUCUGCAUGGACAUUGCCGUUGAGGGCUUCAACCACAGAUACUUAGAUGAGUCCUCUUUGUAACUCUAUGGCUGAGCCUCAGAACGUCCUGCUGAAGAGCCUCCUGCUGAAACAGGCUCCCAUUCGUUCAGAGAUUCAGACCUUUCUGUGGGCGUUGUCGUCGUCUCUGGGCCUUGUACUGUAUUAGAACCGGCACUACUGUGUAAAAACUGUUGAUUGGUCACCUUUUAACCUUUCAGUCAGUGAGCCUGUGUUUGAGUGUUUUUCUUUGUGUGUAUGUUUGUGAUGGAACACUGAUUCUGACUGCACUCUUUGAGGUUUAGGUAAAAGGUGGGGCUUCCGUCCUGAGAAGCUAGUGGUGUUUUUAGACGACAGACUGUAUUAGAGAGGAGGAAGGGAGAAGGUCACAGGUUUGGGAGGAUCCUAUUCCCGGCUGUGCACAGCCAGAAACCAAGAUGAGUUGAUCCAGAGCCCACACUGCUGUGUCAGUUUGUGUUACAAUCACACACCAGAGGAGGAGAAAAUAAAGUAUAUUCUAUGUAUUAAUGAUGAAA